AUGAGUGGAUGUCCCUACUUUGAGAAGAGGCAUUUGUUGUUCAAAAGCAAACCUCCGAAAGGUGAAGAGGAAGAGGAUGCAGCACAGGCUGGAGUGAACAAGGCAGCCAAGGGAGGGACCAUCUAUGGAGACUACUUGCAGCUGGACAAAGUUCUGGGUGCACAGGUCCUUCAGAGUGAAUUGAAGGACAACAAAAUCCACGAUGAGCACCUCUUCAUUGUCACACAUCAAGCCUAUGAACUGUGGUUCAAACAAAUCCUGUUCGAGUUGGACUCUGUGAGGGAAAUCUUCAUCAGUGGACAUGUGCGUGAUGAGCGCAACAUGCUGAAGGUGAACACUCGCAUCCACCGCAUCGUCAUGAUCCUGCGCCUCCUGGUGGACCAGUUUGCGGUGCUGGAGACCAUGACAGCUCUGGACUUCUUUGAUUUCAGGGAAUACUUGAAUCCAGCCUCGGGCUUCCAGAGUCUGCAGUUCCGUCUGCUGGAAAACCGCAUCGGCGUUCCAGAUAACCUCCGUGUGCCCUACAACCGCCGCCACUACCGUGACAACUUCAAGGGCCGCGAGAGCGAGCUUCUACAAGCCACAGAGAAAGAGCCCUCUCUGCUAAAACUGGUGGAGGAAUGGCUGGAGCGGACGCCGGGUUUGGAGGUGGCGGGAUUUAAUUUCUGGGAGCGACUGGAAAUCAAUAUAUUUGAAGGUUUGAAUGACGAGAAAGAAAAGCUUGAGAAACUGGUGGACGGUGAGGAGAAGCAGGAGCUGAUGGAAGAUUGGAUCAAACAAAAAGAGGUCUUCACUUCGCUGUUCGAUGAGAAGCGCCAUGACCACCUCCUCAGUAAAGGUGAGAGGCGGCUGUCUUACAAGGCCCUCCAAGGCGCUCUCAUGAUAUACUUCUACAGAGAGGAGCCACGCUUCCAGGUCCCAUUCCAACUACUGACCUCGCUCAUGGACAUCGACACCCUCCUGACUAAGUGGAGAUACAACCAUGUGUGUAUGGUUCAUCGGAUGAUCGGCAGUAAAGCAGGGACCGGAGGGUCGUCAGGGUACCACUACCUCAGGUCCACUGUCAGUGAUCGAUACAAGGUGUUCGUGGACCUGUUUAACUUGGCCACGUUCCUGGUGCCGCGCCACUGGGUCCCCAAGCUCAACCCCAACGUGCAUACCUUUCUGUACACGGCAGAGUGCUGUGACAGCUCCUACUGCAGCAGUGAGGACUCCGACUAG